UCUGCCGAGGCCCAAUCAGCGGCUCAGUGCUGCCUGCCGGUGCCGGGGACUGGUGGUGAGGAGCCCGCUGCAGCGCGUCAGGACCGGACCGUGAACCCGGAGACGGUACACACCGAGCCGAAAGGAGACACAGGAUGGAGCGGAUGUCUGAGGAGGCGCUGAGGCUCAACCUGCUGAAGCGAGGUCUGGAGUCGCCCAGCGAGAGAGAGGAGGCGCUCGCCAAACGCCUGAAGAUGGAGGGCCACGAGGCCAUGGAGCGCCUCAAGAUGCUGGCUCUGCUCAAACGCAAAGACCUGGCUGACCUGGCAGCGCUGGACGUGGCGGGGCCCCUGGGAGACGGAAAGGGCCCCGGAGCCAGCUCCCUCCACCACCAGAGCCUCAUGGGAGCCGCGUACGAGGAGAAGAUGAACGGGAGUCUGAGGCUGGGGGGCCACGGCGGCCAUGUUGGACCAAGUAAGAACGGGAAGGAGAACAUGAUGGACGAGCCGGUGGACAUGAGCGCCGGGAGGAGAUGUGACACGGAUCACGACAGACGGACCCCGUCUCCAGACGUCAUCAUCCUGUCAGACAACGAGGCGUCCAGUCCCAGAACGACACCUCGACCCGAGGAGCGCCUGCACCAGGCCAACCUGGACAUGUUCAAGGGGAAGACAGGGGAGGAGCGGCAGCAGAUGAUCAAAGCUCUGAGGGAGGAGCUGCGUCUGGAGGAGGCUCGUCUGGUUCUCCUCAAGAAGCUGCGACAGAGUCAGAUGCAGAAGGAGAACGUGGUGCAGAAGGUCCCGGUGGUCCAGAACGCGGCGUCCUCUGUGCAGCCCCCUCCCCUCCACAGCUCCUCUGGAUUGGGGAAGCUCCCUGUGAGGCCAGGCCUGCACAACCCAGAGCCCCAGAACCUCCGCACCGCACAGGGUCACACAGUCAUCAGGUCAGCUGCCAACGCCAACCUGCCGCCAAUGCUGAUGUCACAGCGUGUGAUUGCCCCAAACCCCGCCCAGCUGCAGGGUCAGAGAAUGUCCUCCAAAUCUGUGAUGUCCCGCUCCAGCAGCAUGGCCAACGCCGUCAGUUACCAACAGGCCAGCCAGCAGGUCGCGGCCUCCCAGCGCUCAGGCUCCAGUGCCAUGUACAUGAACCUGGCCCAUAUGCAGGCUGCAGCAGCAGCAGGGGCAGGUGGGGUAGGCGGACUGGGCGGAGCCUCAGCAGUGAGCCCGUCCACCAUGUCCGGUUCAGCCAGCGGAGGCGUGGGCUCGAUGACAGACCAGGCGAGCAGCCAGGCGGCUGCCAAGCUGGCCCUGAGGAAGCAGCUGGAGAAGACCCUGCUGGAGAUCCCUCCACCCAAACCCCCUGCACCCCUGCUUCACUUCUUGCCCUCCGCCGCCAACAGCGAGUUCAUCUACAUGGUGGGCCUGGAGGAGGUGGUGCAGAGCGUGCUCGACAGUCAGGGUAAACUCAGAGGGGCGCUGCCUCGCAUGGAGCCUUUCUUCUGCGCCCAGUGCAAAACUGACUUCACCCCCCACUGGAAGCAGGAGAAGAGUGGGCGGAUCCUGUGCGAGCAGUGCAUGACGUCCAAUCAGAAGAAGGCUCUGAAGGCGGAGCACACCAACCGGCUGAAGAACGCCUUUGUGAAGGCUCUGCAGCAGGAGCAGGAGAUCGAACAGAGGCUUCAGCAACAGGCGGCCCUCUCCCCGAGCUCGGCCCCUACCGGCCCCAACGCCUCCAAGACCGACUCUAUGAUCCGGCAUCAUGCCCUCCGCCAGGUACACCGGCUCUCAUCCGGGGUCAACGACAGAGAUCUGAACUCUUAUCUGGUUUAUGCCCCCCAGCCUCAGGCGUCCCUGCAGCGCGGCUUGUCUAACUCCGCGCGGGGCGUGCUGUCUAACUUCGCUCAGGCCUCCCAGCUUUCGGUGCCGAGCAGCCUGAUGGGGAUGACCAGCUCUAAGCACUGCGGCAGCGGAGGAAGCAGCAGCAACCGACUGCAGCAUGACAGCCGCCGCCAGAUCUACAAUAUCCCAGGGUUAAACAUCGCCUACCUGAACCCGGCGGCGGUCGGGGCCCAUAAGAGCUCCAGCUUAGCAGACCGGCAGAGAGAGUACCUGUUGGACAUGAUCCCACCUCGAUCCAUAUCGCAGUCCAUCACCGGACAGAAAUGAGCCCCGUUCACCCACCCCUCCUCCUGAAGCCCCCGCCCACCUGCCCUCCUACCCUCAAACUGAAGCACUCCCAGAUCAAACCCCCGACCCACCCCACCCACCCCACUCCCCCAUCGCAUGCAGUGCCUGUCCGUGUGCCUACCUGAACCCAUGAGACCCACCGAGUCGGACAAAGACACUAAACUGUCAGUGCAUCUCAAACGUUCUUAUUAUAGUCCAAAUCUUCUUCGUCAGCGUUGUUAAACAAUUAUAAUUCCCAUUAUUAUCGCUGUUGGUAGCACUACUAUUAUUAUUAUUAUUAUUAUUAUUAUUAUUAUUAUUAUUAUUAUUAUUAUUGUUCUACCUGAAAUCAUUCUGCUUCAGUUCUUUUUGAAUUUUUCUUUUUUUCUUUUGAAGUGUUUGCUCGUUUUUCGUUUCUCUGCCGUCUCUCCUGGAGCGUCGGCAGGUCGUGGUAGAGCCUUUAGGCCUCAAUCAUCCAGGAUUAGUUUCUCCUCUGAUCAGAGAGCUCACAUGUGAACAUUGCUAGUAACAGAAGAUCAACAGGGUGCAUUCUGGUUGCUAUGCAACAUAAAGUUUACCAAGUUUGAAGCUUUGUAAAAAGUGUUAGCACGCUAACUUGAAGAGACAAAGUGGAAAAUUUAGACGACAGAAACAGAAGACGGAACGGCUCUGCUCGCUCUUGAAAAGAGGACGAGGAGUCUUUCAUCGGGGGGCACACACGUGUUUCAUCUCAUCGAGGAGGGUCAAUAAACCCGCUUAAAUCAGAGCCAAUCAACUGGAAAAGACUGACAGACGAUGCAGAGAGAACCCUGCGCCAUCAUCCAGCAUCAUCUUCAUCGUUUUCUUCAUUUCAGCCGCUCCUGUUUCAGGACGUUAGCGGACGUAAGCGAUGGAUGUACGCGGGACAAUCUGUGAUAAUCAGGACUGACAGAAAGGUCCCGACUGCACGCCACGACUCCGGCUCAGAGGAGCUGACGGGCCGGAGGACGAUCCAGUAUUCACAGAGGAAGAAACAAAUGUAUUCUCCCUCCAUCUCAUCUCACCUCCUCCCCCUGACUCCCCCCUCCCUCCCCUCUCUCCCUUUGGUCCUCCAGUAUGCACAGACUGAAUCCUUCGGCUCCUCUCGGCAUCACGUUCUUUGAGAAAGUGGAAAGAACUUAAAUCUGAAGGUGGAGGCACUUUUUGUGCGUCCAAACCGCAGAUGAUGUACCUAAACACCCAGAGAAUCUGGGCUCCUUUUCUUGUUAUACUUUAGAUUGUUUUCUGAUCGUCCCCCUCUCCCUCCUCCUCCCCUCUUUGCUUUCUUUCUUUUUGGUUUGUUCAUUUCUUUGUGUUUUUUGCGGCGUCUCCAGAUGAAUGGGGGGCAUACCUGAGAGGUGUCAGCCCCCGGAGACGAUAAUAAUCAACAUAGCUAAAAACAGAAACUAUUGAAAUAUCUGUAUGGAUUAUGUAUAGGUACCUAGCUUCAGAGGAGAAAAAAAGGAUGUGGAUUUUAUCUUUUUAUAGGAGAGACACGGAUCAAUCAUGGUGUGCAUGCUCUGCACACACCUCGCCUCACUCCAGAGGAGCACUUUGCAUCUUUACGAUCGGAAAACAUUUUUUAAAAAGAAGAAAAGAUUGUUUCACCGAGAGCGGCUCAGGUCUGGAGGAUGUUGUGGACAAUGAACGGUUAAACCUCUGCUCGUGUUGGUCUCUGUCAGUGCUGGACCUCAAAUGUAGUGUAGACUCCAUAUGGACUAAGCUGCUGACGGUCCAGGAACUCUGCAGCAUUGUGAUCAUUCAGAGAGAAACACCUGCAGGAUCAGUCUGUCUCCUUUUCAACGCUGUCCCGCCUCGUGUCCAUGAAGUCUAAUGGUAGAGCUCUUUAGACCAGAGCAAAUCCACCGUCAGAUCCAGAGUCACUAAAGCAGGAACAUCCCCCAGGGGAACCUUUUGAUGAUCCUGCAUGUUUUACAGGUAAACCAGUAUUGUAUUUUAGUUUCAGGGUUCUUAUUUCACUUCUUUAAAAAGUUCCCGCUCAUGAGGAGUAAGUUCUAUAAAUACAGGAACUUCAGUGGUGAAGCUUUAAGCACUAAACAUCGCUGCUGUUAAGAGUACUAUAACCUGCAGACGUGAACCCACACUUCAUCUUCUGGGUCAUUGUUUUAACCCAAAUUGAAGCAAUCUAAAUUAAAUCCAGAGUCCAGGUCCUGUUCUUCAAAUUUUGUGAUCAUAUCAUUUAAAAGUUGUUGUAAAAACAGCUGUGUUCACACGUGCACAAAGUUUCAGGCUGAGCUGCGUGUGUGAACGCAAACAGCCUGAAGUUACUGCCAGCCUCCUCCAAACAUGUUCACUAAAGGUCAGGGUGAGCCAACGUGAGGACGCAGCAGGAUCUAUUCCAAGUUCACCGCAAGCGUUUACAUCAUGUGACUAAUGCAGACCUGGAACAGCAACGCAACACAGGAUGAUUAUAAACAUGAGGUUAAAGAGGGAGAAUCAUUUUAAAGACGAGAAGAGAGAAGAUCUCUGCAUAUCUGUUUACAGGAAGAGUUGAUAGGAAUGUAAAAGUAGAUCUCUGCUGCUUCGUCCUCCAUCAAGUUGAAAACCUCACACUGUGGCUUUACCACCCUGAUUUUAAGGUCCUGACACCUAAGACCUGUCUACCCCUCAUUGGACACGCUGUGAGGGACGUGUGAACAUGCAACUCUGGAAAAUUUCAGAGACAAAGGUCCUGGAAGUGUCUUGAAAAAUGUACAAAAGAGGCGAAUAAGUCAGCUGUAUUUUUAGCCUCAUACUUAAUGACUCAGUGGAGAAACAAUGACCCUUAAAGGAACAUUCCAGUCCCCUGAAAAGUAGCUACCAGGACUAAAAGUUCCUGGUACACUGAAGCAGGACUUUAUCUUUGUUGACAACAUCUAACAGAGGAGAUCCAGACUGUGAUGAGACUUCACAGGUCCAUCACUGACAUCAGACCAACACUGCUGCAGAGCGUUACAGGUGAUCUAACACACUUUCUGGCAGCCAUGUUAGAUUUCUUCAGUGUUUGUGCAUCAGCUGGUGUCUGUAAAUGUUCGUCCUCAGUGUUCGCUCGUCACCUCUCAGUCACUCACACGUUAACUUCUCAUCAUCUUUGAAGGAUCCAUUCAUCAGCACCAGGGCUUUGUUUGGUGUUAACUGAAAAAUGCUAGCAUGCUAACAUGCAAUCAGGUAGAUAUGACACCUGCCUCUCUUUUCUAAAAGUUUGAACUUUUGAAAUGACAGUGAAUGAGUUUAAGCCUUAUGCCAACAGUGAAGCUAAAGCACUUCUUAUGAAAGACUGUGGAUUAGCUCGUCAGCUAACAAGCUAAGCUAGUUCACAAAGCAGCACUUGUGUCUUUAAAGCACUUGUUUUCAUUGCUGUGUUACUUCUGAUGGAGAGGCUUGUCUAAAGUGAACUCUGCAUCAUCACUCAUAACACAUACUUGAAUAUUGAUUUUCAUAUUCACAGGUUUUAAAGGUCAUACAGUCGAAGUCAAAGAGCGCCCUCUGCUGUUCAGGAUUCAUUCUUCACCUCAGCGAGUUGAGUUGUCUCUUAUUUGUCUUGUUUUGUACUGUCCCCUGAGGUGUCGUUACAUCCCCCUCAGCUUGUUUAGCUAGAUAAACUCUUCAGCUAAGGCUAACGGAGGCUAUUAGAGCUAGCAUAGCAAGAUCCAGUACUCUGGUUCUCUUUCUCAAAUGACGUGAAGACAGCUCCACCAGUGACCCGAUUAACCUGACCCUGACCACAGUCUGUGUCUAAGACAGCACAGUCAUCAUGGCGUUAAUUAACCUUUAAGAACCCAGAAGUGACCACAGUUGGUCUCUGUGACUCUAAAUGGGACCAUCAUUUACUAAAUGAACAGCAUGCUGUGUUUGAAGAAGACUUAGAACUAGAGAUUGAGACCAUGAACUCAUUAGGAGAAUGAUUACUGGGGGAGUAAAUCAGAUGAGAAAUAACACCAUUUUCUCAUAGACUCUGAACAGAGAAGUCGCCCCCUGCUGGCCAGAAGAGUAUAACAGGUCUGGGCUGACUUCUGAUAAACAGUCCUUGGUCCCAGAUCUCCCUCCAACAGUCAUUUCAGGUGUCUCUGAUUCUUCAGGCUGAACUUUUAAAGCCUCUCCUCUUCACGUCUCCGUCAUCGUUCUUGUUUGUAAUCUGUGUGGUAUUUUCAUUCUUCCUGUGUUUGUGACUGUCAGAUGAGCGUGUUCUGGUUUAUCACAUUACAAUGCAAAUAAGAAUCCAGACCUGCCGUCACCUCAGAUAAACUUUGAAAACUACCUAGGAUAAAGAAACCAGAUGGUAAAAACAUCAUGCUUUUAUUUUGUAAGAUUUCCCUUCUUUUAAACGGUUUAAAUCGGACGUACGACUAUUUUCAUGUUUUUAACGUCAAGGCUGAAUUUUGACGCCUCUCAUGACUUGAUUCGAGCAGGUUUUUCCUCAUGAAUCCCCUCUCCGCAGCCAAGCUGAAUUUCAAAAUAAAAGGCUCCUGUCUCUCUGAACCUUUGCAGAUGCAUCCACACACCUUUGGACCGCAGAGUCUUUUCAAAUUUCAAUUUUUAGAUUUCCAAAAGUCGUUCUUUUACUCUGACGUCUGGAUUGAGUUCUGUUUUCUUUCUAUUGCAGUUUUAAAAAAAUAAACAAAUGUAUUGAUAAUGAAAUAAAUGACACAAUAUUUGCUAGGUUUGAAGUAAUAAUGACUUAUUGUACAUAAGCAUUUUUUCCUCCCUUGUACUGAAAAAAGAAAUUAAAUGGUUGUAUAUUGUGUAGAAAAGCAAACAAAAAGCCAUGAAUAUUGUGAAGCUUGUCAUUUCGUUUUGUGAUCACUGUGUAUUAUUGUGUAACAAAUGUGCAAAAUGUUUGGGAUUCUUUUUUUUCCCUCCUCCUCUGGUUCUUGAACGCUCCCUGGAUUAUUUGGCUUUGGUUGAGGAUGAGUUUGUGUUUGCAGGAAAGUCUCACUGAGUCAGAUCUGUAGAGUCUGCUGUCUGUUACACACCCCAACAUUUCCUCUGUUUCUGUCUCGGACCUGUGAGAGCAGAACUAUGAGUGGUUACCUGAGUCUGCUCUGGAUUAAAGCACUUAAAUGUGUCACUGUUGGAUUACAUGGAAAGAGCUGGAUUAUGGUUUGAUCCCGGGUGAACUCUGGUGUGUUCGACAAAUCUCCUCCUCCCUACAACUCUGCUAUCUACUCUCUAUGACCCGUGUAGACUUUUACAUUUGCUGGAUUAAAAGUUUUAUACGAUAACAUUUUGUAAAAAUGUCCCUGUUGUUCUGACAAAGUCCUCCACAGGAAGGUUCUGAAAAAUGAUCAAAGUUUGAGGACUGGCUUUUUUUUAUUUUCAAAUUCUCACUUUUUAUUCUAUUUUUUUCUUAGAGAUGAGGACCAACUUCUAACUCUUAGACUUUGGAGAAAUAUUUAGAAUUAAGACUUCUGACUUUAAUCUCAGAAUUCUAUUUUUUUCUCAGACUCUUGAGAGAACAAAUUCUAAUUCCACCUUUAAUCUCAGAAUUCCUUAAAAAAAGAAUUCUAACUCUUUAGAUUCUGAGAACAGAGACGAAAGAUGGAAUCCUGAAAUGAAAUCUAAAUCCUCGCAAAACUGUUAAUUUUGCUCAGAAUUCUCAGAGUUAAAAUUUGCACUUAAUCUUAGUAAAAAAGUAAAACCUCAAGAAGAAUUCUGAGAAAAAGUCCUUAUCCUCUUUAGAGAGUAAACACGGCGAGACCAAACUAAAAGUGUAUUACACUUGAAAGUAAUUUCUCCAACUGAAUUCUCAGAUUUCUAAUUUCACUUGAGGGGGAAAAAAUUCUCAGUUAAAAAAUGAAACCCUUGCUUGACUUCUAAAAUGGCGAUUCUAAAGUCUGGAUGCUUUUUAAACCAGAUGAUCCUGAAUGAAUCCUCAUUCUUCUGACUCUAUUCUCAGAAUCUUGACUUUAGACUCAGAGAUCUGUAUUUUUUCUUUCUGUUACAAAGAAAUCUGUUUCAUUUUUUCUUCUGUCAGAGUUUAGAUUUAUCUCCAUACUCGACCAGGUUGUCCUUUUUUUGUUUGACCCUCAUGCCUCUUCUGUAUUCGACCGUUAAUUGAGUAAAAAUAGAUUUUGCUCAUCAUACAUUUUGGUUUUGGGGAUAAAAUGUUGCUGUUUCUGUUUUUGCCACCAUAAACAUCAUGGACAUUUAAAACCUAAACAAAUGUGACUAAACUAAAAUGAUUUGUACCUAGGCAGAGGUGUCUCCGGGAUUUUGGCUCCAUGGAGAAAUAUGGGCCGCACCACUUCACCACCACUACAUGUGUUUUGACAUUUACAUGGCCCCUGUCAGUCAUGGGCCCUUCAACUCUUCCCCUCCAGUAUGACGCCUCUGCUGUUAGGGUUACAUCUGAAGACGUUGCAUAACUUUGGUGAACCAGAUUUAAAUCUGUCUGUCCACAAAAAGCAAGCAGAGCUCACACUAGAAGUGUUCCAAUCACACGGUCACGUUUGUAGAAAAAGGCUAAUAAAAGUCUUCACAUGUUUUUUCUUAGAGGCUCUCUGACAAAGUCUCACAUGGUUUUCUUACGUCUCUCAGUUUUGGACAGAAGUGCAGCAUCCAUGUUGAAACCUGUUCUGACGUUAUGUUUUUUAACUGACCCUGAAUCAGCGAUCUCUUUCUGCAAACAUCCAGCCCUCCCUGUCCUGCUUUCUCUUCUCUCAGCCGUCGCUCACACAGAGACACAUUUAACUGCAGAGCCAUCUUUUUAAACUCACCUGUAGAAGCGUUUCUUUUUGCAUAUAAGAUGUUGACAAAGUUAGAUCCAGCUCCGGGGAGGCAGAAACAGACGAUGAUGAAAUCGAGCGCAGACUAACUGAAGUCCAUUUUUGUUUUGCUUACAUCAAUCCUGACCUUUUGCACAUACUUGAUAUUUAACGGUCUUCAAAAAAGUCAAAAGAAAAUAAUGCUGUUUGAAUACUGCCAGUUGAUUGACAAUUAUGCAUUGAUUGAAAAAAUAAGCUAAUUUUGGAGGAAAUAACUUUGUAAUAUUUAUCUCUUGCAAGCUAUGUUUAAUAAAGGUUGAAACAA